AUGUACGUUGAACUACCGUUUGACGAAUUGAAGGUCCUGCCAGAAAAGAGACGAAUAGCCUAUUUCUACGAUCAAGAUGUGGGAAACUACUUUUACGGCACGGGUCAUUGCAUGAAACCACACAGAAUCAGAAUGACACACUCUCUUAUUAUGAACUAUGAACUAUACAAGAAGAUGGAAAUUUACCGAGCUGAACCAGCAACCAAUUUAGAAUUGACACAAUUCCACACUGAUGAAUAUAUUGACUUUAUCGAUCGUGUUACGCCUGAUAAUUUGCAUUUGUUCCCUCGAGAAGCCCAGAUUUUCAACGUGGGUGAGGAUUGUCCUGUCUUUGAUGGGUUGAAUGAGUUUUGCAAAAUUUCAUGCGGUGGGUCAAUGGAGGGAGCAGCAAGAUUGAAUAAUGGUAGUGCUGAUAUUGUCAUUAAUUACGCCGGUGGACUUCAUCAUGCCAAGAAAUCGGAGGCUAGUGGGUUUUGCUAUACCAACGACAUAGUUUUGGCUAUUAUCGAACUACUUCGAAAGCAUCCGCGGGUGUUGUAUAUUGAUACCGAUGUGCAUCAUGGAGAUGGAGUUGAAGAAGCCUUUUACACCAACGACCGAGUAAUGACUUGUUCAUUUCAUAAAUUUGGAGAGUUUUUUCCCGGGACUGGUAAUUUGACCGAUAUUGGUAUUGGUAAAGGUAAAUACCAUGCUGUGAAUGUACCGCUACGAGAUGGUAUUGAUGAUGCUUCGUACAAGUCGAUUUUUGAGCCUGUGAUACAAGCCAUUGUCGAGUGGUACCAACCGUCCGCUAUCGUUUUACAAUGUGGGGGUGAUUCUCUAAGCGGUGAUAGACUAGGACCGUUUAACUUAUCGAUGAGGGGUCAUGCAAAUUGUGUCAACUUUGUUAGAUCUCUUGGCUUGCCAAUGAUGGUGCUCGGUGGUGGUGGAUACACAAUUCGUAAUGUUGCAAGGACCUGGGCAUUUGAGACCGGGGUGUGUAAUGGUGUUAUAUUGCCCAAAGAACUUCCCUAUAAUGGUUACUAUGAAUAUUACGCCCCUGUAUAUGAGCUCGAUGUGCGUUCUUCAAAUAUGAGCAAUGCCAAUUCAAAGGAGUAUCUAGACAAAUUGCUAACACAAAUUAUAUCCAACUUGGACCAUACAAAACAUGUACCUUCUGUACAGCUUCAAGAUGUUCCUGCAGAUAAAGAAGAUCUUGGUGAUGUAGAUGAGGAUAUGUCUGACGCAAUAGAUACCAAAGGUGGCUCGCAAAUGCAGAGAGAUAAAGAAAUAGAAAAGGAGCUGGAAUUUUACAAUGAUGAGGAGAAGGACAAAGGUGAACGAAACGUGUUUGAACAGAACAAGAUUGCUGACGAUGAUGUUGACCGAAUAAAUGAAACAAAAGAUGUGGAAAAUGGGGUUACAUUAUUUGAGCACGAGCAAGCAGAAAUCGAUCAAUUGAACAAGGAGGAAAUGGAUGUGGAUAAAAGUAAUUGA